AUGGAUCCCGGAAGACGAGCCAUGAUCGCAGAGCCGCGCGGCGCUCCGUCGAGCCGCCGCGAUCCCACGGCGCCGCGCUCCGACUCGGGCUCGCGCGUGUCCAAGCCCAGUCGCCCAGGACCGUCGACGACCGCCCGCAACGCCGCCCGAUACCUCAGCCAGGACGAGCAGUCGCGCCAGUUUGUGGCCGACGAGGACAAGUUUGUGCUGAAGCAGGCCAAGAAGAAGGCCGACAUCCGCGUGCGCGAGGGCCGCGCCAAGCCCAUUGACGUGCUGGCGUUCAACCUGCGCUUCAUCGACGCGGACCGCGACCCCUUUGACGACGAGGACGCCGACGACGAGAUCCAGGUCGACGCGCCCGCCAAGGUCAUCGAGGGCCUGACGUCGGCCGCGCAGAUCUCGGAGCUCGACUCCAACAUUGUGUCGUACCACGUGCUGGAGACGGACCCGCGUAACCGGCGGUACUGGGAGGCGCUGCGGACGCUGUGCGCGGAUCGCAGGGCCAAGCUCGACCCGCAGGGCCACGAGGGGAGGGUGGUGAGCAGCGUCGCCGACGACAUUGACAGGAUUCUGGCCCCCAAGACAAUCGACCAGCUCGAGACGCUGGAGCAGCAGAUCAAGGCCAAGCUGCGCUCCAACGAGGACAUUGACACCGACUACUGGGAGCAGCUGCUCCGGAGCCUCAGGGUGUGGAAGGCCAAGGCCACGCUGGCCCGCAUAGCGGAGGAGAUUGAGGCCAAGAAGCAGGAGCGGCUCGCAAAUCGCGCACCACGCUCGACGACGACAACGACAACGACGACGACGACGACAUCCACGGCAGCGGAGGCGGCGAGAAGCAGCGGUGUGCCCGGAGGAAGCGGCAGCAGCAGCAGCAGCAGCAGCCAUGUCACAGGUGGCGGCGUGGCGUCAACAAACAAGAUGCAAGUCGAAACCGGGAACGAAGACGAUUCGCAGGCUACAAUGGCCCUCUACGACAGGGAGGCGGCCCGGGGAGUUUCUGAAAACGAAGAGGUCUUUGCGGCUGAAGAGGCCCUGCCCGACGGCUCCAAGCCCCCGCAGUGGACAGACAAGUAUCAGCCUCGCAAGCCACGGUACUUCAACCGCGUGCAGAUGGGCUACGAGUGGAACAAGUACAACCAGACGCACUACGACCACGACAACCCGCCGCCCAAGGUCGUGCAGGGAUACAAGUUCAACAUCUUCUACCCGGACCUGGUCGACAAGACCAAGGCGCCCACGUUCAAGAUCAUCCGCGAGCACGGCAGGCGGCGGGGCGAGUCGUUUGCCGCCGCCGGCGAGGUCGACACAUGCCUGAUCCGCUUCAUCGCGGGCCCUCCGUACGAGGACAUUGCGUUCCGCAUCGUCGAUCGCGAAUGGGACUAUAGCGCUAAGAAGGAGCGUGGCUUCAAGAGCUCAUUUGACAAGGUAUGA